AUGUCCAAUUUUCCCGAGCAGUCUACAUAUCACAAACUGCAAGUGCAAGUCGUUGCAGCACAGGCAGACGACAAGACAAACUUGGAAUACGAUGACGAUGAAUUCAGUGACUUUGGAGCUGAUCCAGAAGAACUUGCCUUGAUCGAACAUCUUCUACAAGAAGCGAUUGCGAAACAGUCUACCUCGACUCAAACUGUGUCCCUGGCAAUUACAGACAUCGAAGACUAUGAAUUACCGCGCAGCCCCAACUUGCCUGAGGUGCUUGACCUCCAAUCUGCUCAGCAAUGGAAUCAUUCAAGCCAGAUCAAAGAUCAGGAAUACCAGUCAAGCCUGGUCGAGAUCAUAUGCGACGAGAGUGCUGCAGUAUUAACCAACACUGAAGACAAAAAGGACCGGACCCCCGAACCAAACGGUGAUUCAUCUCGUCCCUUGGACAGAAAUCCAGCAGAGCCAACAACACCACUGAAUGAUACGAGGUCUCCCCUCGAACGAUUCAGACGUCCUCCCAAGAAACCUUUUUCUGUCACAGACCUCACUUCCCCCGCCUGGUGUGAGCUACAAUAUUUCUAUACAAUCAGCAGUAAGACUGGGCGCAAGAAACCCACUUCGGCUAUGAAGAAAGGAACCAAAGUUCACAAAGUUCUGGAAGAAGAAGUUCAUGUGACUGUCCCUGUGACGAUCACGAAAAAGGAAGACAGUUGGGGCCUUAGGCUGUGGAACAUAAUACAUGGUCUGAAGACCUUGAGAGAGACUGGCAGAACUCGUGAGUUCGAGGUCUGGGGAACAGUGGGUGGUGAACUUGUCAAUGGUGUCAUUGAUGAGCUGAGCUACGAUUGUCCGGAUCCCAAACUUGAGGAGCAGAGUCUCAAAUCAAUGGGAAAACAAGACAAUGAACCUCCCAUGCCUGGGUAUCAGGCAAGUAUAAGGGAAUACCUGAUCUUGAGCGAGCAUCGUGAACAGGGACAGUCAAUUGCAGAUGCUCUCACAAUGAAGACCACCCGAGAUGUACAGCCUUCCAACAAUGCAGCUCGCGAUAGACGAAUUUACAUCACUGAUGUCAAGACUCGAGGAGUUUCGUCUUUGCCUUCUGGCUCAAGCAUUCGACCUACAAUUGUCCAGCUUCACCUUUAUCAUCAUCUGUUGGAGAACUUUGCCCAGGGAAAUUUUCCACUCGAACACUUGUCAUCACGGUUCAACUUUGACGUCAACGAGACAUUCUCGGACUCAUUCAUUGCACAAAUCGGAAAUCUCAACCAAGAAGCCUUCGACCUCGUGAACUCCUCGAAUGAAAACGAUAUGGAAGUCGAUUUGACGGAGGACAACUUUGUCGCUUCGACUCAGGAGUCAAUCGACAUCAUCCUUCAGCACAAUAAUAUCUCAAGCCUCUGGCAGUACAUGCUAAGCCAGUUGCAGGAGACAUUCAUGGUUCGGUCGACGGCUUCCUCUACAUAUGCAAGCCAAAAUACGAGUUCAAAUCCACAGAGCGAACAUGAGCCACCAAGUGCAACACCUCAAUCCGUUACAUUAUUGGAUGAUCCACCCCAAUCGACCUUACCAACCCUCCUGUCUCCACUUCUUACGGCCCAGUAUCUCUCUUCAAGACUUAUGUCCAGCACUGACCCUUCAAAGCCGCAAAUUAUUGGCUCCAAGAGCGUCAUCUUCAAUCCCUCGUUUCUCAGAAGCUAUUUAUAUGAUACAUUGGCUUUCUGGCGAGGCGAGCGAGAACCAAAGGGCGUGGUGCUUUCGGAUGCAUGGAAGUGUCGUGUUUGCGAGUUUCGUGACGGUUGUGCCUGGGUCAAAGAACAAGAUCAACGUGCCCUAAACGAUAGUUUGGAGAGAAGACGUAUCCGGGAGGAAGGUGUCGGCAUCGGCGUCGUGGGUGAUGAGGUGACAAGGAGUCAUGUAUAG